CAGCCCUCCUCUCCGAGUGCCCCCACGGGCCUGGCUGUGUCACUAGAGCAGCCCCCCUCCCCAGCACUAGCUGCCCCUGCAGCCCCGGCCUCCCCACCCGUGGUCCCAGCUCGGAUGCCUCCUACCUUUUCCGCUCCCUUAAAGCUCCCAGCUGCAGCUCUUGGCAUCCCAGUGCCCAGCCCCCCUCCCCCUAGCCCCCCUGCAGCCCCAGCCGAUGCGGUCACUCCAGGCUCUCCCAGGCCUGCUGCUUCCCCAGUUACUCCUGCGAGCCCAGCACUGGCAUCUCCCUCUGUUACCCUGAGCUCGCCCCUGGCCCCUCCUGCCCCCCUGGCAGCACCAGCCUCUCCUCGAUGCCCAGUUUGGACAGCUCCUGUUUCUCCCCUGACCCCCCUUGUUCCUCCUGUGGCCCCUGUUCUGGUGGCUCCUGCGGCCCCCGGCCCUCUUGCGCCUCCUGCAAUCUCAGCUACGCCCCCUGUGGCUGCUGCCCCUGCCCCCCUCACCCCUCUGGCUCCUGUUUCUGCCCCUGUGACAUCAGCUCUGGCUGCUGCUACCCCUGUGGCCCAACCUACUUCCCCAGCCCCUCUUGUUCCUCCUGUAGUAGCCCCUCUCACAUCCCCUGGGGCCUCAGCUUCUCCGGGGGUCUGUGCUGCUGCCCCUCUGGCCCCAACCUCUUGCCCAGCUUUUCCUGUGGCUCCUGCCCCAGCCCCCUUCACUCCCUCUGAGACCUCUGCCUCUCCCCCAGCCCCUCUCCCUCCCCCAAAGACCCCAGCCUCUCCUACAGCUCCUGUCCCAGCCCCCUCCACA